AUGAACGCCACAAUCCCUGCAGUCAAGAGGAGGGCAUGUGUGGCGUGUACGGCUGCCAAGGCGAAAUGCACGCCGCAGGGUAUCAACCUGUGCCAACGGUGCGCUCGUUUGGGCAAGUCAUGCACAUACCUUGACCUUCCGCAGACGAAGCGGAAGCACAAGGCUGCACCAAGCCGUAUGGAUGUGCUAGAGAAGAAGGUCGAUCAACUGAUGUCGCAGCUGGCUGCCUUGACCCGACAGAGCGGGCAGACAUCGCCGGAUACUUCCAAUCCGCACAUCAACAACUUGGGCUCAUCUCGUGAUUCCGAGCAGGAUUCGAGCGACAUUGCCGCGCUGAUAGAUGCUGCUCAAGACCCGUCCCACGGCCUCGAUCCGCCGACCAGCUCUGCUCUGGAGGGCCAGCCGUCUAUUGUAGAUCGAGGGCUGCUGAGUGAAGCCGAGGCCGAACGCUUGGUUUCGACCUUCAAGCUUGAAUUAGUGCCCAAGUUUCCCUGUGUAUUGAUUGCACACGAUGAGGCGGCCGCUCGCCUCAGGGACCGAGAGCCUUUUCUCUUUUUGUGCGUCGUGGCCGCGGCCAUGGGCAGUGCCCACCCUCUGCGCAAAACGGUCGCCGAGGAGAUCAUGAAGCACGUUACGUCGAGGAUUGUGGUACGGUCUGAGAGGAACCUCGAGUUGCUCCGUGGUCUGCUGGUUUACAGUGCGUGGUACUCAUAUCCUGCAGAGCGAUAUCACCCGCGACUUUUGCUAUUGAUUCAGUUUUGUGGUUCGAUUUUGUAUGAUUUGGGACUUCACAGAAAACCUAGUCUAAGUGUGGAUGAGCAGCGGGCACUGCUGGGGACGUAUUGGAUGUCGGUUGGUUUCUCUGGCACACUCGGUCGGCCGGUGAUCCUGAAGCAUGAUCGUCGAGUCGAUGAAUGUAUUGAGAGUAUGACAUCUACCGAGCAUCUGUCAGAUCGGUGGAUUGCGCCUUUUAGCCACCUACAGUCUUUCUCGGCAACUCUAGAUGAAGUUUACGCUUCCAUGCAAGCAAGUGGUGGAAGAGCGCUCGUGCAGGCUACGCGCGGCUCGCUGCAGCGGCAAUUUGAUAGCAUGAGGACACAUGUAGAAAAAGAUCUCAUGAGCUGCCCUUCGUCAACAGAGAAUGCCAUACGCCUUGAAAUCAAAUAUACGGAAAUACGGCUGGAGGAGUUAUCUCUUCGAGAGGAACUGUGGACUGCAGAGCCUGCCAGCGCAGUCCGGACAAACAUGCUGAUGGGUAUAAUCCAGCGAAGCAAGGAGCUCAUUCAAACGAGCACAAACCUACCAGCGUCGGAGAUUGCUCACAUGACAAUAACCACAAGUGCUCGUAUAUGUGCUGCAGUGGGCUACAUACCCACUGCAAUAUUCACCCUUCUCAAGAUUAUCACUGGCUCUACAGACCCUCCCAUGGAUGCUCAGGUGCAGGCCGUUGUUGAUGCGGCAGACUAUCCCAAUCUUGUCACGGAGCUGGCCAACGUGCUGGAGACGAAAUUUGAGGGAAUGCCUGCUGCAGACAAAGAGGCGGAUAUUGUAGGGAGCCUUUGCUCUAAAAUGCGACUACUAGCACGUUGCUAUCCAUAUCAAAUCGGGGCGAUUGUUGGAACUGUGCCGUCCCAGGACGGAAGACAGGAUACGUCCAUGAUGGCAGCACACGACAAUGAGGUUGCUAUAACCCCCCAAGCCUGGCCGACUAUCUACGGCGAUCUGAGCGACAUACUCCCUGUCGAUGACAUCCAGUGGGAUUCUCUAUUGAGCAAUUUCACUGAGUUUAGCUAG